GACUGAGGAGAGAGGUUUGUCGCAGGAGCCAGUAGGGUUAGGAGGGAGAUUCAGCAUCAGACAGGGGGUGAGACCAUAUUAGACAGGGAUUCUGGUCAUCAGUCCUGAGAUGCUCUGAUACAUCUUGCAAGAUAGCCAGAGGACAGCUUCACUUGUUUAGAGAUCACAAGUACAUCUGGUUGGAGUACUGAGUACCGAGUACAUUCUCCAGUACAAAGCACUGUCUUCUUAUAAUCCCGCCAGUGUGCUAACACAAGACACCGACCUCCCCAGCAGUAAAUGGGGAUUGUAUAGUGCACCAGGAUUGCCUGAUCACUCUCUCUGAGGAUGGAGAUGCUACGACGCUCCUCUGUCUUUGCUGCUGAAGUUUUCGAGGCCUUUGACAGAUCUCCCACAGAUAAAGAGCUUGUUUCACAGGGAAAGGCGCUAUGCAAAGACUUUAUACAGGCCCGGCUUCAACGAGCUGGUCUGGGAUGGAGCAAGCAGGAGCAUGGGAUGUCCUCCACGUCUGCAGGACGUAUGGCUGAAGUAUCAGCCACUUUCUUAAGAUUGGGGGAUGAGCUGGAAUACAUGAGACCAGCUGUAUACAGGAACAUUGCCCGGCAGCUGAACAUCUCCCUCACCUCCGAGACAGUGCUGUCUGACGCAUUCCUGGCAGUUGCAGCUGAGAUAUUCACAGCAGGUAUUACUUGGGGAAAGGUGGUGUCCUUAUAUGCAGUGGCAGCAGGCCUAGCUGUGGACUGUGUCAAACAAUCCCAGCCUGCAUUUGUUCUGACGAUAGUGGACUGUUUGGGGGAGUUUGUGCGCAAGACUCUGGUCACAUGGCUGAAGAGAAGAGGAGGAUGGACGGAUGUCAUAAAAUGUGUUGUGGCCUCUGAUCCUGGGCUGCGAUCCCAUUGGUUGGUAUCCAGCGCUUGCAACUUUGGUCAUUUCCUGAAGGCAGUCAUCUUUUUUCUGUUACGUGAGCGAUAGUGUGUCAUUCUUUUGGAGAAAAAACAAAACAAAACUUUGUCUGCAGACUCAUCUCUAGCUCUGAAAUCCAUUCACUGCCUGAUCUUGUGUUGCUGAAGCCAGGUUUCAAACAGACAGUGGUUUGUUAAUGAUGUGUCCGUCUGAGUUACGUAAACUCUGGUCUUAAUGUGCAGUGACACACUCCACAAUAAUGGGCCGCUACUUUCAAACCCUUGCUCACCAGGCUUGGUCCUAAAUCGAGACACUUUGCAAUGAGUUUUGCAGGAUAAAUGGCUCCCUGGGAUAUUGCUCCUUCUUAAAACACCAUAGACUUUACGCAGGAACCAUCACUCUUCUCAGCACUUUGGAUGGACAAGGUUUUGGACAUAAUGUCCACGGUCAGCGUAUGAUGCAGUGGUAUCACGAAACAGUCACAAAAACUGUGGAAUAAUCUUCACACUGUUUGCUUCUAAACUAUAACCACUGCGUCUGUACCUCAUUCUGAAGUACACCAUUGAGGAACUAUAAUAAUGUGUCAUAAUUAAAAUGUUAAUUACACUAAAAUUAACCUAUAUAAGGUAUCUGCUGUCUUGCAGAGAUGUUCAAACCUUCAUACAACCUCUACGUAGGAUAAUAUGAUAACUGGAGGGCUGUCUUUUAUUAGAGCAAAACCAUGUGUUAAUGAGUUGAUACAUUAUUGCAACCAAGUUAAGUUGAACAGGAACAGUUUAUAUGAGCUUAGAGUCUAAACUCGAGGACAAGGGUUACAAAAAGGCAAGUUGUGUAAUGAAACGAUGUAUAAUGUUUGCAAAGUUUUUAGCAGUAGAGUAAAAAUGUGAAGUAAGAUUAAACACAUUGGGAGUAUGGGUUGUGUGGCGUGCGAUAAGGGUAGACAAACUUAGGAAUUACUAGUUUUGAAAUUAAAACUAAUAUUCUUCACAAUUUCUUAAAUGACUGGAGACUAGGUGAUAAUGUAAGAGAAUGAGUUAAUGCAAUCCAUAAAAAUGGAACGUAACUUUACAAUCCUCCAG